UAUUUCCUUGAAAAAACCUUUGAUGAGUUGAGUUUCGGUAACUCUUCCGUUCCUGUGAGUCCAAAGCCAGGGCCAUCUUUGGCGUCAUUAUAUCUGUAUUUGGCCUGCACCGUUUAUGGAAACCCACCGUUGCCGACGCAGAUCUUCUAUUUACAUUGGAAACCGAUAAGCACAUUCAGAGUUGGUUCCUUGAUCAUUGCGUUUCCCUUUUGUCGCUCAGGUUACCACUACAAUCUUUGCGUAGAUGUCAAUUAAUAAGGACAUUGUUACUUUGAAGGAUCCUUUUACUGAAGAGUUGCCUCAGUACAUACAUAUAAAUCAGAAUGAGUUUUUCAUGCGAAGGCACAAAAAACAGAAGGAGGAGGAUAUUGCUAUAUGUGAAUGCAAAUAUGAUGCUGAUGACACUGACAGUGCAUGCGGGGAUAGCUGCUUGAAUGUUUUAACCAGCACAGAAUGCACCCUUGGUUAUUGCCCUUGUGAUAUCUUGUGCAAAAAUCAGAAAUUUCAGAAGUGUGAAUAUGCUAAAACAAAGUUGUUUAAAACUGAAGGCCGUGGAUGGGGUCUUUUGGCUGAUGAGGAUCUUAAGGCAGGACAAUUUGUCAUCGAAUACUGUGGAGAAGUUAUAUCAUGGAAGGAAGCCAAACGUAGAUCUCAGGCUUAUGAAGAUCAAGGCCUUAAAGACGCAUUUAUCAUUUGCCUUAAUGCAUCUGAAUCUAUUGAUGCAACCAGGAAAGGAAGCCUUGCUAGAUUUAUAAAUCAUUCCUGUCAACCGAAUUGUGAGACGAGAAAAUGGAAUGUGUUGGGGGAAAUAAGAGUUGGAAUAUUUGCAAAACAUGAUAUUCCUAUUGGAACUGAAUUAGCUUAUGAUUAUAAUUUUGAAUGGUUUGGAGGUGCAAAGGUUCGUUGCCUAUGUGGUGCACUCAAAUGUUCAGGGUUCCUUGGAGCAAAAUCUCGUGGUUUUCAGGAGGAUACUUAUCUAUGGGAAGAUGAUGAUGAUAGGUACUCUGUUGAGAAAAUUCCUGUAUAUGAUUCUGCAGAGGAUGAACCAGUGUCAAAUGUUAAUGGACGAACUGAAUCCUCUUUAGAUGUGAUGCUUAAAGCUGAGCAACUAUCUGAGUCCACUGGUUUCAAUGUUCAGUCCCUUGAUUCAGUUCAGAUGAAAGAUUUAGAUGUCAAAAAGAUUAAGACUGAAGUAGCAGAUGAGGAUAUGCACUUGUACACCCACGAUACUGAACAGACGCUUUCACAAAAGAAUGCAAUGAUAUCACGAAUCCGAGGUAAUGCUGCAGGCAGAAACUAUCACAUUGGACCUAGGUCCAUUUCUACCAAAAGAUCAAGGGCAUAUAAUGGUGGAAGGUUUAAAAAUCUCGUAGAGAAGAAAAUUGAUGCCAAGUUUGCUGCUGGCCUCCUAGCAUCCAAGGAAGCACAAGAGGAGAUUUUAAAUUCUGAGGUGUCUCCAUGCAGAAAAGAAAGGAUGAUGCUACAUCUACUCUUGAUUCCUUAUACGAUGAAAUACGGCCUGCUAUUGAGGAACACGAGAGGGAUAGCCAAGACAGUGUAUCCACCACUGUCGCAGAGAAGUGGAUACAGGCUUGCUGCCUAAAAUUGAAGGCUGAGUUUGAUCUCUACUCGUCAAUUGUGAAAAAUGUUGCUUGCACUGCGCAAAGGGCACCUGGACAAGCAAAACCUACUGAAGUAGAUAAUGAAAACGAAAUUAAGUUCUUGACAGGUUGAAAUUCUCAUUUCAUUUUUUCCCAUCUGUAAUUUUCAACGUCACUUAAUGUGUGGGCAAAUUUGGGGGGUACUUCUUUUUAAAAUUCGUUAAGUUGAGAAUCUAAGACUCGAUGAAUAGAUCUUUUCAAUAUUUAUUUGUUA